AAGAAGGCCAGAGGACAUUUUUAAAGAUGGAGAAACCAAUAGAUAUAUGGACCAUUUCUAUAUAUCAUUGGAGAUAAAAUACAUUCACAAAGUACUUGCAGAUAAUUCAACAGAUAAAGCAUGAGUUGUCUAAAGAGACUUAUUAUCACCGGAUUGUUUAUCAGGGUAUUUGGAAUUUGCAGAAUUGUAGAAAGUGCUCCGAACACCAACGUGGCAAGUGUUCUUUGUAAUUCAGGCAUUUAUACCAAAGGUGAUCCAUUCACCAUUAGUUUGGCCUAUGUUCUUGAUGAACUACCAAAAGUUACACCUUAUCAACAAGGUUACGACUACAGAAAUAUCUCGCCUUACCCUAAUGCUUUCGCCUAUGGUCAUGCUUCGUGUAAUCAAAACCUUACAAGUAUGGAUUGCAAAACAUGUCUUGAUGCAGCAGAAGUUCAUAUGCUAGACAUCUGCAGCUAUAGGAUUGGUGCCAGAGCAGUUCUUAAUGAUUGUGCUAUUCGAUCAAGAGGAUUCGCUCUGAUUCAGUCAGCAACAAUAUGACUUACAAACUUGUGAUGUUUUAGUUGAAGGAAUCCCUAUUGCUCAGGACCACUAUGAAUUGUAAAUCUUCUCAAAUUAUGUCUCGAGAUUGGCCCUCAACUACACCUGUAAGGCUGUAACUUUCAUCCUCCAGUUGUUCCUUUAAGUUUCUAAUUA